GCGGGACCCGCUUGCCGAAAUCGAACGACGCGUUCUCGAUGCGCAGGAGUGGGUGGGAGCUCAGCACGCGGGCCCGCGUGCAACUUCAGCUUCGCCACGUGAAAUUGGAGCAACGUCUACAGAACAAGACGGGGAGGCAUAUCGUUCGCUCGUUUCCUUUGUUUCGGUUGAGCGUUAAAACAGGGCAUGGAAUUCAGGGACGCUAGUUGCGGUUGGGUAAUGCCAUUUGAGUCGGUGUGUUCGCAUUGGUGCAUGAGAGUUCCCGUGAGUACGGGUCACGCUGUUGACGGCCAAGAAAGUGCUGGUGGAGGGAAUGCGGCUGCAUCAACCCCUGCACCUGUGUCUGCGGAGGCUACCAAGCAGGAGACUGAACAGACUACUGAAGCAAAGGAUGAAGCAGGUGCUGUUGAAGUAGCUGGAGAAGUUCAAGGGGUCAGGAGACGAGCACCGUACCGUGCCAAUGGUCGUAAUGGCCGUGUGAGUGAAGGCAGCCUUGGUGGUCGUUUUAAGCGGCCCAAGCCCAGAAAGGAGGGGGAAAGCCACAGCCAGAGCGAGCCUGAGGGCACUGAUCAGGAAGGGACUCCUUCACGAGGUGGGAGCCGGUCCUAUCAGCGACGAACUCCUAGGGACCGUUCAGACACAAGGCCACGUGUUGAUUUUGAUGAAAGCAUCCCAGAGUCGCAUCGUUACAUUUGGGCUUCCUUCUCCUCCUUUGAAGCAGAUGAUGUGUGCAAGCGUUCAUUGUACAUUGGAAACAUGUCAAGCCAAGUGACCAAGGAGGACGUUCGUGCCUUGUCGGAUGCCAUCCGCGGUGUCCGCUUUGUGACCAGGCGUAGUGCAUUCCUGGACUUUGAGAGCCCUGAGGUAGCAACUGCACAGCUGGAGGUGCUGCGCAACAUGCAGCUCAAGGGGCAGCCAGUGCAAGUGGAGCCAAGCAGACCUCGGAGCAAUUCAACAAUGAAGUCUGACCGUUUGUUGUAUGUGCGAGGGUUCCCUGAUGACAAAGGCAUGGAUGCUCUUGGACCACUCUUCCCUCAGGCCUUGCUCAUUGACCGUCGUGAAGGGAAAAUACUACUGAGAUUCAAGGAUCAUGAAAGUGCCAUAAGUGCUAUCAAAGAAGUUAUUGCUCAUGAUGGGACUGACUACAAGUUCAGCUUUGCCGCUGCUCGUCCUAGAUGGAACCGCCGAGGCCCACCUCGAUCAAUGUGGCGCAGAUACCCGCAAGGCAAGUUCAUCAAGCAUGAGUCAAGGCAAGACUGAAUUCUGCUCAGACAAGUGCCGCCCAGCCAUUCUCCUUGUUCUGCAAAGUUGUGCAAAGGGAAGAAUGGCACUGAAAAGGAAGAAUGGCACUGAAAAGGAAGCAAUGUGCAAUGACGAAAAUGCUGGGUGGUGUUACUGGAUUGUCAGAGUCUAGAUUGUUAAACAUUAAGUUUUUGUUUUUCUUAAGUUAUUUUAUAUUUUAUUUUGUUUUUAUAAGGACAACAAAUAAAGAGUGCCUUAGCAGUACAAGGCUGUGUG